GAGAGGGGAUGGGAGACGCGUCGCAUGAGCGUCGGCUCUGGUUCUCCAAGGGUCUUUGGGGGUUUGGCUAGAGGAGGCGCGUUGCAGUCUGACCCCUCCAUACCACCUGUGUGGAUGACCACUUCAACCUCAUCCGACAGCGUUUAAGAACCACGGUUACUCAAAGACGGAGAUGGGCGUAAUUUCAGUGGAGAACAUGUUAGAGGAGUCAAUGGUGCUUUCGAGACACCUGUCCGUGGAUCGAUAUGAGCAAGAGCUCGGCUGCGAGAGGGUGGUUAUCAACAUUUCAGGUUUGCGAUUCGAAACUCAACUAAAAACUUUCAAUCAGUUUCCCAAAACGUUGCUCGGGGACCGGAGAAAGAGGAUGCGUUACUUUGACCCACUGAGGAACGAGUAUUUUUUCGACAGAAACCGACCCAGCUUUGAUGCCAUUCUCUAUUAUUACCAGUCGGGAGGGCGCAUCAGGAGACCUGUUAACGUGCCCAUUGACAUCUUCUCUGAGGAGAUCAAUUUCUAUCAACUCGGGGAAGAGGCUAUGGAAAAAUUCCGGGAGGAUGAAGGAUUCAUAAAAGAAGAGGAACGUGUUUUACCAGAUAAUGAAUUCCAAAAGCAGGUUUGGCUUUUGUUUGAGUACCCUGAAAGCUCUGGGCCAGCUAGGGGAAUAGCCAUAGUCUCCGUGCUUGUCAUUUUAAUCUCAAUUGUUAUAUUCUGUUUGGAGACCUUGCCUGAGUUUCGGGAUGACAGAGACCCUGUCACUGUGGCACUUACAGUCAACGGGACGGCCUCCUACCACGUAAAUCCAUUCACCGACCCUUUCUUUGUGAUAGAGACACUUUGCAUAAUAUGGUUCUCUUUUGAGUUGCUGGUCAGGUUCUUCGCGUGCCCCAGCAAAUCCACGUUCUCAAAAAACAUAAUGAACAUAAUCGACAUUGUCGCCAUAUUUCCCUACUUUAUCACUUUGGGGACAGAACUGGCUGAGAAGCAGGGUAACGGUCAGCAAGCCAUGUCCCUGGCCAUUCUCAGAGUGAUAAGGCUCGUGAGAGUCUUUCGCAUCUUCAAGCUCUCCAGGCACUCUAAGGGGCUACAGAUUUUAGGGCAGACACUAAAGGCCAGCAUGAGGGAACUUGGACUGUUGAUAUUUUUCCUUUUUAUUGGAGUUAUCCUUUUCUCAAGUGCUGUUUACUUUGCUGAGGCCGAUGACCCGUCAUCCAGUUUUACAAGCAUCCCAGAUGCGUUUUGGUGGGCUGUGGUCACCAUGACUACUGUCGGAUAUGGAGACAUGCACCCUGUGACCAUUGGUGGCAAAAUUGUUGGGUCAUUGUGUGCUAUUGCCGGAGUGUUAACUAUUGCUCUCCCUGUGCCAGUUAUUGUCUCCAACUUCAAUUACUUUUACCAUAGGGAGACUGAUGGAGAAGAGCACGCACAGUACUUGCAUGUCAGCAGCUGCGAGCACCUACCCUCAGCCACAGAUGAGCUGAAAAGGACUCGUAGCACCUCAUCUCUGGGCAAGUCGGAAUAUAUAGAGGAGGGCAUCAACAGUGGGUAUAAACAGCCCAACUUCACAAAUGAGAAUAACCAAAACUGCGUGAACAUCAAAAAGAUAUUUACGGAUGUGUAAACGCUUUCACUUUAUAUGGAGUAUGACGAUAGAUAGAAUACAGUUGCAACGACUAUUUUUUUCUAUGAUGGCUAAUCGUGACGUGUCGGUGCGUACUAUAUCUGCCAGGUGGCGUGUGCACCGCUAUAGUGCACCAGACAGGUUCAACCGUACUGUGAUCGUUCGAUUCGUCCUUGAGUCAAAAAUAGGUGUUGAUGUUCGGUAGUUCGUUAGGUUGUAAGUGUUGCAUAUUUACCCCCCGAAUCUAAACAGAGUUGUUGUGGUUUUUUUAGGGGGAAAGUUCAGUUAUCAGUGUUCAGUGUUCUUGUCAUGAAUAUCAAUAUAAUCUACAAUGUC